AUGUCGACGGAAAAGCUUAUUCGGAUCACAACUCUCAUCCCGCGCAUGAAGGGAAUCUCGGAACAAGAAUUCUACAGGCACUGGACGCAAGUACACGCCCCAGUAUGCGUUGACUUCAUGAUGAGACACGGUGUGGCCGAGUACCGUCAGUACCACACUUCGCCAGAGACGAAGACUCUCGGGGAAGCCAUGGCAAAAGCAGCAGGGCGGCCGAUGCUUAGCUUCGACGGAAUGAGCGAUGCCUACGUGAAAGACUUCAAAACGUUUGAGGAUGCUUUUAAGGACCCCGAGUACCUUGAGAAAAUCCGGCCAGACGAGUUGGCAUUCAUCGACGUGGAGAAUCUGCAGAUGACAAUCGGCUAUGACUACGUCGUUGUGGAAAAUGGAAAGAUUGUCACGGAACAUGCUCGAGGUUUCAAGUAGGGAUGGGAUGUAUGUCGGAGCUGGGGCUGAGCAGACAAAG